AUGGGUUUCGGCGUCAAUACACCUGAAUAUCCCGAAGGCUGCGCCGUCGUCUUCGGCGGCUCAGGCGGCCUUGGACGUGCCUCUGCCGGCCUGAUCGCGGAGCGUGGUUCUGAUAUUGUUGUCACAUAUCGGUCGAACGCUGCCGAUGCUGAGUCCCUGGUGGAGGAGGUGCGCAAGCUUGGGCGCAAGGCGAGCGCGGUAGCCUGCGACGUCACUGAUCGCAAGGCGGUUGAGGCUGUCUUCAAGCAUGCCGUGGACACAUACAAGCGCGUACACACGGUCGUCUCCGCCGGUGGCCUGGUGUUCGAUACCGGCCCACUGGUGGACUUCAAGGACGAGACCUUCCGCAGCGUCAUCGAGACCGACGUCCACGGCUUCUUCAACAUCGUAAAGGCCGGCGUGCCGAUCUUGCGUGAGGCCAAGGGCGCCUCGAUUGUGGCCUUGAUAACAAGCGCGGUAUCCAGGACUGUGCCCUGUGACGCGUUGAGCGCGACCCCUAAGGCGGCGGUGACAACUAUGAUUCGCCAACUUGCCUACGAGGAGGCUGCUAACGGUAUCCGUGCCAAUGCUGUCGGCCCAGGAGUCAUCGACGCAGGCAUGGUGCCCAAGAUGAUGCUCACCCCGACGAAGGCUCUCCUCGAGGGCGCGACUGCGGUGACGCCGCUUGCGCGCUGGGGCACGGCCGCUGAAAUUGCGGAAACUGUUGCAUUCUUGGCCUCAAGCAAGAGUUCAUUUACUACUGGCCAGAUUUUGAUGGUAGAUGGAGGCCUUGCGGCAUGA